GCCAGUCGUGGCGGCUUGCGUCGACGCAGGAUGCGAUUACCUGGAUAUCUGCGGUGAACCGGAGUUUAUGGAGAGAAUGGAGGCGUCUUACCACGAUAAGGCGGCGGAGAAGGGUUCCUUGGUAAUUUCUGCUUGUGGGUUCGAUUCGAUUCCGGCUGAGUUGGGUUUGAUGUUCAAUUCCCGGCAGUGGGUCUCGCCGGCGGCUCCGAAUCGCGUGGAGGCGUACUUGAGUCUCGAGUCCGACAAGAGGAUUGUGGGGAACCUCGGAACCUACGAGUCAGCGGUUCUUGGGGUGGCUAACAUGGACAAGCUGCAGGAGCUCCGGCGUUCUAGGCCUAGAAGACCUCGUCCAACGAUUCCUGGUCCUCCCCCGAAAGGACCAACCGUGGAGCACCAAAAAGAGAUCGGCCUUUGGGCUCUGAAAUUACCAUCAGCAGAUUCCGUUGUGGUCCGUAGAACACUUUCAUCUUUGACUGAAAACCCUGAAGGUAUACCGGGUGUUAACGAAAGUGUUGAAAAUUUUGAAAAGAGGAGAGCCUUCUGGUCUACAGUGAAACCGGCUCACUUCGGCGUGAAGAUAGCAACCAAAUCUCUUUUUGGUGUGGCUCGUUACGUAACAAUGGGAUUGUUCCUUGCACUCUUUGGUAAAUCUUCUAUUGGGAGAGGGAUGCUCUUGAGAUUUCCUUCUGUGUUUAGCCUUGGGUUGUUUAGGAAGAAGGGUCCAACUGAAGAAGAGGUGUCGAGUGCUUCCUUCAAAAUGUGGUUUGUUGGGCAUGGGUUUAGUGAUGCCAGUCUUGCAUCACAAGGAACCAAGAAAGCUGACAUGGAAAUUAUUACCAGGGUAAUGGGACCUGAGAUUGGCUAUUUGACAACUCCAGUGACCCUGGUUCAAUGUGCCCUUGUUCUGUUGAACCAGCGGGGUGACUUACCCAAAGGUGGUGUCUUUCCUCCCGGGAUUAUAUUUGGCCCCACAGAUCUCCAAGAACGGCUCCAGCAGAAUGGGAUAACAUUUGAUUUCAUUUCAAAGAAGGCUCUCACAUAAAAGACAUAACAGAUUUAGUUGUUUUGUAAACAUCAAGGUCUUUCUCUUCCAGGGAAGGCAAAUAUUCCCUACACAAAUUUAGCUGUUUUAUUAAACACCAAUUCUACUAUUAUGAAUCACACAGUUACACAGGCUUUAGUAAUGAACAUGACUCCCUUUUAUUUUGGGGAUAAA